GCGCCCCACCCAGAGCGAGCGGGCGGACCGAGCCGAGCCGACGGGCGGCGCGGCGCGCAGGGGUUAGGAUGCUGGCCGCUGUUCACCAAGCUGCUUGGAUUGUUCCGGCGCUGUUCUGGAAGGGGAGAUGGAGCUCACCCUGGUGGGGCUGCGUACUCGGGCAAGACCCCUUCGUCACAGUGAUCGCGUCGGGGCAGUUCAAUGAAGACAUGAUCCCAACGGUGGGCUUCAACAUGAGGAAGAUCACCAAGGGAAACGUCACCAUAAAGCUCUGGGACAUCGGUGGUCAGCCUCGUUUCCGUAGCAUGUGGGAGCGAUACUGCCGUGGAGUCAGUGCCAUUGUGUACAUGGUGGAUGCUGCAGACCAGGAGAAGAUCGAGGGCCUCAAAGAAUGAAUUCACAGCUUGAACAAGCCGCAGCUCCAGGGCAUCCCUGUUCUAGUGCUUGGGAACAAGCGAGAUCUCGCUGGUGCCUUGGAUGAGAAAGAGCUUAUUGAGAAGAUGAACCUGUCUGCCAUCCAAGAUCGAGAGAUUUGUUGCUAUUCCAUCUCCUGCAAAGAAAAGGACAACAUUGACAUCACCCUACAGUGGCUUAUUCAGCACUCAAAGUCCAGGAGAAGCUGAGAGCCCUGGGACUGCGCCUCGGAGCGGGGAAGAUGCCAUUCGCCAAGCCCCCUUCUCUCUGUCCCCUGCUCUGUCCCUCUCUCUCUCUCUAGAUGGGUAUUUUUAGGGGACCCCAGGCUCUGCUCCUGCUGAGACGGAGCUCCUGUUUUUAUUGUAAAGAAGCUGUCGGACUCCUCUGUCUCUCUCCCCCUCUCGUUUUGGCACUGUUCUGUUGUGGUCAAUGUGUAUACAGUAUAUAUAUAUGUAUAUAUAUAUUUUAAUUUAAGCAAUGACGCUGUUACUAAACUGGGCCCUGUGACUUGUACAAGUGCUGGAGGUGGUUGAGCCUCCAAGGCAGUAUUGGGAGGGUGGUGUGGGAGCAGAGCGGCUUGGCUCGGCCUUUCCAUACUGAACGCAGACUCCCAUGGGGGCAUCCCUCCAACCCUGAGGCCCUUGGGCCCCUCUGGUAUCUUCUCUAGGUCUGGUUCCCCCUCCUCCUCCCCCCCCAGCCUCUGGAGCUCCCGCUGCCCCAUGCCCACCCCUGCUCUCCGUCCUGUAUGUGGACAUUGUCCUGGGGGCAGGGCAAUGGGGGUGUUAGAGGCCAGCAGUCUUGACCAGGCUGUGGGGAGUCAGUGCUGUGCCUGUCUGCAGAGCCACCCCUCCUGCCCCUAGACCUCUGCCCUUUCCUCAGGCACUCGGCCUUGCGGUCGCAUGCUCAGGCAGGGAUUGGGCACUGGCUGGGAGGGGCAGGGGCAACUCCCUCCCUCCCUCUCCUCUCCCCUUUCUGCAACUCAGGCCCCAAAGUCUCCACAAGUGACUCACUCCUGCCUGCUCCCCUGGCUGUGGAGGAAGGUGGGGGCACUCUGCCAUUCCCCCAGGUUGUUUUGGGGGUUCUCCAGCUCCUUAGAAGCUCUCUGGGUGGGACGAGCUGUGCGGCAUGAGGGUGAGCUGGUACCUGCGGGCCAGCGACCAGCGCCUGGGAAAUGCUCUCUGUGCCCGGAGCUGUGGAGGGAGCUGUGGCACCUGCUGACCCAGGUCCUGCCUAGGCCUGUGCAGCGGGGUGGUGUGCAGCACACACUCACUCACCUGCUCUCUUGUGACCUGUGCCAUUGGCUCUGCUGUGGAGCCGGGCCCCCCUUUGCUUAGGGGAGAGGUCAUCGCUGUUGCAAUUGCUGUAGAACUGAAGCCAAGGACAAAGCUCUAGGGAAGACCCCCCCGCCCCCAAGCUUCAGAGUCUGGGAGCAGGGUUCCCCUCCUGCUGCAGCCCAGAACCGGGGUGUCUGUCCCAGUUCAUGUGCUUGCCUCAUACCCAGGAGAUCAGGGGCUCAGGCUCUGGGGAGCCAGAGAUGGGAAAACCCCUUCCAGCCUCAUCCAUCUCCGUGGGCCCAGGGUGGAAUUGUGCCCUGCAGAGGGGCUCUCCAAGCUGGCCGGCUGUGUCAGACUGCUGCCCCCACCUCUGUCCCAGCCCCAGAGGGGGCACAGCCGGGAGUGCCUGCAUAGGGGCAUGUUGAGGGGGUGUUGGCCUCUUUCCCAGUACGCAGGGGCCAGAGGAAAGGCCUGUCUGUGGAACAGCAGGGCUGAUGGGCUGUGUGUGAUGUCACGGUGGAAUUCCUUGCCCUCUGCAGCCCAGGCUCCAAGCAGGUCUCCUCUCUGGCCAUGGCAGGGAGGAGAAGUGUCAGCCAGGCCUGGAAGGAGGGGAAAGGAGCCCCAGUUUGCUUCAGCCCAUGUGACUUCUGGCUUGUGCUGGAGCCUGCUCUCCUUGCACUGGAGAUGGCCCAGAGCAGACUGGGGGUGAAGUGAUGGGAUCCUAGGAAGGGCUAUGAGCCUGCUGCUGUGUCCCAGCCUGCCUCUUUCUGCCUGAGGGCAGCUACCUGUAACCCAGGCGCAGCCACGUCCCACCCUGUCCAGUGUGUCAGCUCAGGGGCAGCUGAGAGUCCUGGGCUCCCUCCCCAGACCCCCAUCUGCACAGAGCCGGCCCUGGGUAGGGGGUCCAGCCUGCUUUGUUCUCCUCUCUCCUCGUUUUCGCAGAAUUGCACAAGGAGCCAUUUCCAUGGUUUAUUUAAUGAAUUGUAAAGUGGUGUCAUUAUUCCUUUUUUAGGAGAGAGUUUUUUGGCUCAUAUUGACCUUCUCUGGUGGGAAAUGAUUCUUGUAACUGUACCAUUUUUUUUUGGCCUCCUAAUCAUAAUAAAUUAACAGUUUUGUGUUG